CUACCCUUUUCCCCCGAAUCCAAACCAAAAACACAAAUCAAAAUGGAGCGCACUUACAUCAUGGUCAAGCCCGACGGUGUCGAGCGCAGUCUCGUUGGUGAGAUCAUCAAGCGUUUCGAGAACAAGGGUUUCCAGCUCAUUGCCCUCGAGCUCAAGGCCCCCACCCGUGACCUCCUCGAGAAGCACUACGCCGAUCUCUCCUCCAAGCCCUUCUUCGGUGGCCUCAUGAACUACAUGACCUCCGGCCCCGUUGUUGCCAUGGUCUGGCAGGGUAAGGGUGUCGUCAAGGCUGGCCGUGUCCUCCUCGGCGAGACCAACCCCUUGGCCUCGUUGCCCGGAACCAUCCGCGGUGACUUCUGCAUUGAUGUCGGCCGCAACCUCUGCCACGGUUCCGACUCUGUCGACAACGCCGAGAAGGAGAUUGCUUUGUGGUUCCCCCACGGUGUCAUCUCCCACACCCGCACCGUCGAGAAGUUGAUCUACGAGUAAAAUCGAUCAUUUUUUUUUUUCAAAAAGGAAAACAUUGUCUGAAAAUAAAAAUCUAACUAAGGGGCUUUUUAUAUGGCCUUAAAAAAAAAAAAGAA